AUGGAAUAUCUAUUCGUUUUCUAUUCCUUACUGUUUGAAGGGCAAGUCGGUUUUGGCGAGGAGAACGGUACAGGCUUCAACAUUGUGGCGCGCGCGUUCCCAGAAGUCGGCAUUCGGAGAACCAAGACCGAGCCUGCUCGUGGCUCUGGGCUCGUCGCAGCCCGCUACCGUAAACUAACUAUACAACAUUCCAUUUUUAAGAGCUUGAACUAA